AUGUAUCAACAAUAUUCAAGAGUAUACUAUGCACAAGAACAACGUUUCAAUGAUAGAUUUCCUUUAUCAAUUGUAGCUGUAUUAGGUGUUAUUCAAAUGUUAACUACAUUUAGUAUUAUCGGUCUUGAAAUUGGACAUAUUGUAAAUAAUAUUCGUUUAACAAAUUUAUUUGUUGGAUUUUGGGCAUCAAUACCAUUUACUAUUUUAUGGAUUUCAAUGUUUGCUGCUGUAUGUUGCUGUCGUCGACGAAGUUGUGCUACACAUGCUCUUGUACAAAAUUUUAUUUCAUUCAUUUUUGCAAUUGUUCUAAUUGCACUUAAUAUUGUAUUUAUUCGACGACCAAAUGAUUGCUUUUUUACUAGAGAUAUAUGUAACCGAUUAACCUGGCUAAAUGAUGUAGAUUUAUCAUGGAGUUGUAUUUUUGAUGAUUAUUCAGAGGGUUGUGGAAAAACUCGUUUAGCAUUAAUUAAAGCUCAGUUAGCUGCUGGUGUUAUUAUGGCAACUACAUGCUUAAUAUAUGUUAUUUUAUAUGGUGUUGUUGUUUCACGAGCAUCACGAGCUGGUCAACGUCAAAUGCAUGCAGCACCUGAUGCUGUUAUGGCUCCUGUUUAUCAACAAUCAGUACCACCGACAAUGCUUUAUGGACAUCCACCUUAUACAAUUUCUUCUAAUCCAUAUCAACCAUCAGCACCUGCUAUGAUACCAAAUUAUCAACAAGUACCAACUCAUAUGGCACCUGGUAUUACCAAUAUGAAUUAUUUACCACCAAAUCAAGAAUCGACAAUAUAUCCAAAAAUUCCAAAUGAUCGGUUUUAA